AUGAUGGAGGCUUCCUCUUCGCGCAUUCCAUUUGUUUCACCGGUGAUUGAUGCUAUGGCGACGAUGAAGACGUCUGUGGCGAAUAUAAUGAGCUUACUGAUUGAGCUUUCUGGCUCGACCAGAGCCAAGUAUUUCUUGUUGCGAUGUGAGAUGAUUCAAGAAUCAGUUCGCAACACCCUGUCUCCGAUCUGGAUUUAUUUCCAGUCCUUUUCGCAAUCUGCAAUGGAGCUGAAUCUUCCUUCGGAUGAGUAUAUGAAGAUUGGGUUUGUGAAGGCAUUUGAAUACAUUAAGGACGUGUCAAGGGAGCACAGCGAAAUUGAAAUUUCGGGUGCACACAUUCUUGUCCCAGACUUUUUCAAAGAUCGAAUUCGAGAUCUCGUGUUAGAUGCGGCCCUCGAAGCUGGAAUUCACGCCAUUGGGAUCCAAAGCCCGCAGGAGAUGAUCAAGUCGUAUAACGGGAUUCUAGAUGAAGUCAUUAAGCCCUUGGGGCUCGAUGCACGACCGGAGCAGCAAAACCAUAUUAUAAUUGACUAUGGAUUACGGUAUCUUCAUAUUCACACCCAAAGCGGCAGGUGCAGAAUGAAACGUGCAUUGGAUUCAAUGAGCUGCUCUCGCGUUCCGUACAAUCUUUACCACAGGGUUAUUUCGGUCGAUGGGCCGCUGAGCAGGCAGAUUGAAAAUGGCGCGUCGAGGGAUGAUCUGCAUGAAGCUGUUUGGCGAGCCAGGUUCGCCAUGAAACAAGCAACCGAGACAGAUGAAGACCAGGAUCAUUACGAAGAGUGGCCACUUGAUCUACAGGACUGGUGGGUUGGAGAGGAUGAGGGAGCAGUUCUUCGCUGGGAGGAUGUGCAAGCAGCUGAAGAAGAGUAUAUCGAUAAAUUGUCGGAUAUCUUGAUAGAAACUUUGGACUGUAUACAGGGUGAGAAGUCAAAUGCGUCUGCCUUUUCCUUUGGCAAAAGCAAUGCUGAUCGUGACUGUACAGGACGAGGGAACGAAGAUGGGGUGCGCUCUAACCCUAUUCAUCGAAUUAUUGUACUCGGGAACUUCUGUGAUCGUCCACUUGUGAAGAAGGCGAUCAAGAAAAGCGUUGGUGAGCAUGUCAAGAUCAUUGGGGGUAACUCGGAACUAGAUAAUGCGUUGGCAGCAAAAGGUGGAGCUCGUCAGGUUUUCUUUCUGUAUGAUGCGUUGGAGUGCGAUGGAAAAGCCGACAUGCAGUUUGACUCAAAACAUGAUGAGCUUUAG